GUGAACACGACCGACCUUUAAAUUUUAGCGCGCGCGAAAGUUUCUCGGUUUCAUCAAAAUCAAAUGAAAACAGUUUUCAUACAAGUGCGGUCUAACAUCCUGUGAUAAAAAAAUGGUUUAAUCCCAUUACUCAAAAUGAAAAUAAUUUGUGAAACGUGCGUUGUGAAUCGAACCGUGCCGGUCGCUAAAAAACCCUUUCAAAAAACGAUUCUGGCCAUCGGGAAAAACAGCGAAAAGAAACCGGAGGAACCGGUCAUCAUGCUAAUAACGAAUGCCAACAAAGCAGGAACCCGAUACACGCUGAAGAAGAACAUCGCCAAGAUCUUCACCCGGUUCAUCUCCGAGGGGAAGGCGACCAUUUCGUUCCACAUCCCGGAGCACGAUUUGCAGAUCAAGUCCGAGGUGAUUCAGCUGACGGGCUUCCUGAAAGUGCUGAAAUCGAUUCUGACCGGUGAAUCGCCGGAUAGUGGUGCUGCUCCUGCUGUACCCAUGAAGUUACCCUGUCUCACUAUUGCCAAUAAGAAAACUUCCCUACUGUCAUCCUCCUCCAAAGUACUUUCGACGAAAUGCGUAAUUCGAAGCCGGGCCGAUUAUCCGCUGAAGGGUUUCAACCGCAAUCUAACGCUGCUGCAAAUCUCCGACAUCAAGCUGGUCAGAUUCGAUCCGCAGAUCCUGCUGCUGAAAAAUCUACGCACCCUGAAUCUGUCCAACAAUUGCUUGGAAAAGAUUCCCAAGGAACUCGGACAGCUGCGUUUGAACGAAAUCGACCUUUCCGGCAAUGCCCUGCACAGCCACGACUGGCAGUGGCUGCUAGGCUCGUCGCUCCAGUCCACCCUUCAGAGUCUGAACAUCACCGGCAACAACCUAAGCUACUUCCCGACCGCGCUUAUCUACGCAAAGCAAUUGGUUCGGCUGGAUUUACGAACGAAUCACAUCGCCAAGCUCCCAUUCGCCGUGUGGAAAAUGGGGCGACUUCGUUUCCUAAACCUGGCCGGCAAUCGACUCGGUUCCGUACCGGAGUCGAUGGCACGCAUGAAGCUAGACGAACUGGAUCUCUCCGACAACCAGUUGGACCAACAAGGCUCCACCGUUCCGGAUCUUCGUACCCCAACUCAGAUUGGGCACGUUCCGGCCCUGUGGGAACUGGCCGCCCGGGUCGUCGUCUCUCGGAAGGUGUUCUAUUCGCCGGGCAUGAUUCCUUUUCUGCUGGUGGAGCUGAUGCACAGGACUCCGAUCUGCGGUUGUGGGUUGCUCUGCUUCACGGCGAAGAUCCACGAACGGGCUAAGGUGAUACGACUGAACUGCCAACAGCUGGUUCUGAACAGCAAUCAACUCCUGUAUGCCGAUGCGGUAUUUUGCAGCCAACGGUGCAGCGCCAAACUGUGAGUUACUUUUAAGCUUUUGAAAUUAUUUAUUAUGAAAACUUAGCGAUUAAUGUAUGUUUUAUUGCAUCCGAUAUUGUCAUUGAUUACUUUUGUGAAAACAUGGGGAAGAACGCUCUGUUCAGUUAACGGAUAUUUAUUGAUCACAACAAAUGACAUUCAAUAGGAUUAGAAAAUUUUAUUUGUGUUUUUUAUAUACAAAUUCUUGUAAAUAUUGAAACUAUGCAUUAAAAUUGAAUUCAAUCAGUCCA